GUUGACCUGGUUGGCUAGAAAAGAGUGAGAAGAGGUUUAAUCAAAGGGGAACAGGAAAAGAAAAUUCAUUUUGGCCUCUAGGCACUGGGAAUGGAAAGAUAGGUUUGGGACUGGAGAGAUUGAAGCUAGCAGGAACGAAAACUUGCAGUAGAGGUUGAUGGAUUGAGCAAAUAAAUAGGAACAAGGAUUAGGAAGGAGAUGGCUUACAGGAGGAGGCAGCAGCAGCAGCAGGAAAUAUUACCUUCAUCGCCGUCAGCGGAUGAUUUGAUAAACGUUGAAGUGGAUACAGCUAAGGCCAUAAGGGCAUCUUCCGCCCGCAAAGGUUAUUCUCUCUCCGCCGCUUACGGCUAUGGUUCUCUUCAUUCAUCAUCUGCUCCUCUCUCCCCGCCCACUUCCACCGUCACAUCCAAGGACUCCCAAUUUCAUCAAUAUGCCUCAUUGGGAAAUUUAGAUGAAUCCAAGCAAGGGUUUUGGGGUUCUCUCGCUAGGAAAGCUAAAGCCUUUUUAGAUGACGAUCCUGAGCACCACCAAUUUGAGUCAGGCGGACAAUCUAAAUCUGAAAUACAUCAAGGGCCAACCCCUGAGAAGUACGGUAAUGUAUACCAAUCACACGAUAGGCAUCACAAAACAGACAAUCCCACUUUGAAGAAGGGCAUAGGUGCAAUUGCCUCAUCCAUAAGUUACAUUGGUAAAUCUGUAGAGGAGGGUCUUACUGUUGUGGAGAAUAGGACAGCAGGCAUCAUUCAAGAGACCCGCAAGCAUAUCAGGAAAAAGCCUAGUGGUUCUAUGGCACCAAAUCAGGCUUCUAAGCAACCACAAAUGCAGCACCAAGAACGAACAUCUGUUCAAGCUGAUACAGAAAUUCAAUUGAAGGCAUCUCGCGACGUUGCUAUGGCUAUGGCUGCCAAGGCAAAGCUUCUUCUCCGAGAGCUAAAAACUGUCAAAGCUGAUUUGGCUUUUGCCAAGGAGAGAUGCGCUCAGCUGGAGGAAGAAAAUAAAAUCCUUCGCGAGAAUCAUGAAAGAGGAGAUAACCCAGAUGAUGAUGACUUGAUUCGUCUUCAACUUGAGACACUGCUAGCAGAGAAGGCACGACUGGCUCAUGAGAAUUCCAUUUAUGCACGUGAGAAUCGCUUCCUAAGGGAAGUUGUUGAAUACCACCAACUCACCAUGCAGGAUGUUGUAUAUCUGGAUGAGAACACUGAAGAAGUUACCGAAGUUUACCCUAUCAAGGCACCUUCAUUACCAAAUAUGAACUUCAGGCCUGCUGCAUCUGGUACACUAACAUCUGAGGCAUCUCUUGACACUAGUCUGCAAAUAGCUCAGAAUAUCCCAGUUCACCCUGUGCCACCCCCUGAGUUUGCUGAGGCUUCCCAAAAUUCUGUGUCCAAGCUCUCUAGAUCAACUUUAGAUGGCAGAGGAUGACGAGUAUGUAUCAUACUUUCUAUAUUGGCUCAAUUCGCAUUUAGUAUACAUACAUACUUAUAUAUUUCUUAUGAAGAAUUGAGAUGUUAAAAAUAGUCUUCAGUUCACCAUUCCAAUUUAUUAUGACUCGUUUAUUUAUUUGGUGGAA